CCGUCCCUUCUGUAGUGCGCAAGACGUAGUAAAAUGGAACCCUCAUAUGAUCACGAACAACCACAUCAUCUGCUAACAAAUUACAACCAUAAAAAGUACCAACCAUUCAUGUCACGAAUAUCCGAAUACAGUCUGGCACACGAUCUACAGGAGCAGAAUAUGGGCAUUGCUGGCAGUGAUUCCUACAGUGUUAGACAUGAUAGUGAACACUCUUCCCCCAGUUUACACUCACCGGCCAUACACCAAUCCGCAUAUGAAACCGAAAUCGUUGAUAGAACGCUACAACAAAGUGAAGGCAAUGCAGUGUACCCUUCGCAUUUUCUUGCCACUACAUCACCUUUAUUGAAUUCCAAUCUACCAUUGCUAACAAAUAAUCAAGUCAUGCUAAACAAAUUUCUUACACAUCCCAAUAUGGUGGCUGUAACUGUACCAGUGCACGACACGGAAGACUGUCCAACCGGUGCCGAUACUCCAGUGUGGAACUACAAUGACUACAAGGAUGACAUUUGUGCCGUAAAUUGUUCAUACUUAGAAAGACAACAGAAGGUGAACGAAUCUAAAUUUCGUACUGGCGUCAAUGCCGCAAAAUGUGCCAAAGAGACCAGAAUACGUAGACCAAUGAACGCCUUCAUGGUGUGGGCGAAAAUCGAACGAAAAAAGUUGGCCGAUGAAAAUCCGGACCUCCACAAUGCAGAUCUUAGUAAAAUGCUAGGUAAAAAGUGGCGUUCACUUACUCCUCAGGACAGGCGGCCUUAUGUAGAAGAAGCGGAACGCCUGCGUGUCAUACACAUGACCGAAUAUCCCAACUACAAAUAUCGACCUCGCCGAAAGAAGCAAUCGAAAGUGCGCACUGUGCAACCGUCGGCGAAGGAACAAAAUAAUACAACAAACCAAGUUGCUGCCGCCAACAAAUCCAACUCAGUCACACAAAAACCAACCAAUUCCCCAUCCAUGAGCCAGUCAUUCAACCAGUUGGCCGACGACAAUCAAGCAACACGUUUUCAGGCACAAGGACAGCCCAAAAACUCUUCAAAUUCCAGUAUUUAUGAGCAAGCAUUGCGAUCCAACUACUCUCCCUCCACUCCCGCCGAUUGUUGCAGCAAUCCCGACACAAUCGAGCACUUGGAAUCGAUUAAUUGCCAGUCUUCAAUAUCGAAUAAUGAGACCAUAACAACGGGUUCACAGAAAUCGAAUACGAAGGGGGGUAGUAGUCAGUCGGCGGGUACCAAGUUAUCAAAACCAAAUCGGAACCAAUCGUCAAAUGCGCUCAAUCUCGAUAAAGAUGUAGUUAAAGUAUCCAGGUAUGGCAAAAUGGAGUCCAAAUCUCAGCAUAAUCCUUUUGUAGCAUAUCCUCUGACAUCGACUCCCAAAGCCGUUAUCACCACCAGGGGCAUGUAUGUAACGUGCAAUAGUCGAGGAAUACUGGAUCAUGGUUAUUCCGUAAAAGGCACGUUUUAUCCGCCCGUUUCCGCAGCCGACAACCCGUCGAUACGCAAUAACAACUCAGGUCAAUCGUUGACAAAUUGCGAUGUUGCCACAACAUUCACCACCUCAUCAGAAAACGCGCUCAGCACUAAUUGUGGUCCGAACUAUCAAUCCAUAUAUUCUCAUGAUACCAGUAUUUCCAGUUCAGGCACACUUCUUCAAACGAUUGCCAACACAAGCGAUAGCUUUGCAACUCCGCCCAGCUCCUAUGCACCCAAUGUGCACUUUGAUGAAUUCACGCGCUACUCCAACGCCGUCGAAUCGGAUUUCACGCCUGUCGUUUGUGACAAUGGGUUGGAACAAGGCAAAACCGAUGUUGGCAUGAAAUUUGCUAAAUAUCCUGAUACAAAUCACAACUACGAUGACUUCGAAGCAUACAACAAUCCGUUAGUGGUUUCCGCUACCGGCUCCAAUUAUUAUACCCAGUUGCCUUAUACGUUAGCCGCCACAAGCGCAUGUACGCCGCCGACAACACUGGCAUUUCCCCUGCAACUGACCUUGCCAUUACAGCAGCCAACCACUUCCGCUUAUACGCAUCCACACCACCACCACCAUCACCACCACGCUCAUCAUUCUCAUCCGACGCAUCACCAUCAGCAAAUACACAGUCAACAGCUACAAAACGGUUAUGCCCCUUACAACCAUUUUAUAACCACCACAAAUACUACAGGCGCCGUUAUUCCCACCAGCACAUCAUUGACGUCCAUCAUUUCACAGAACAAUGCCAUCGGCGAUAUUAACACCCAAAUGCAACAGUCGCCUGUUGCACCUUUUACGCGCACCGGCACCGGAAGCUCGGCGACUGUAGGAAAUGUCGAACGAAUAUUUGACACACGUAAGGACGAGGAGAUUAGUAAUAUAUUGGCUGGAGUGAGGAAAACCUGUUACAGCAAUUGACGAACUAAGAAUAGAAAAUAUACAAUACAUUUCAAACAUUCUGCAUGCAUAUGUGUGUGUAUGUGAAGGGGAAUUUUGUUAUAUCUAUACAAGCAUUUGAAUAAAAACUGUUGAAUGAAAAACCAAGCCGGUGAUGCCAUAUAUAGAGCAUGCGCAAAACAUGUAACCCUUUUAAACAAUUUAAAUUUAAAAUUUCUUUCGUUAAUUGGAAAAGCAAACAUUUUCAUUACUUUUGAGACAUGAUUUCCAUUCUUUGCAUGUGAUUGUCUCCACUUGCCUCGCAGUAGUGCAUCCUAUAAGAACAAUCUUCCAAGCUCUUGUCGGUAAUUUCUCUCUCUCUCUCAUGAGUGGCUUGGACGGUGUUCGCCUUAACGAUCUAAGUAGCUUCCGGGCUUCUCCUUCUUCUUGAUUGCCGCGAUAACCGCUUAAGAUAUUUUGGUCGAGUUUAAUAAAGCGCAUCAGCCGUUUAUUUCUCAUGCUAAUCGGAUACACAAAGUGAAACGCAUCAGCCGUUUAUUUCUCAUGCUAAUGGAUACACAAAGUGGAGCCAAGUCCUCCACCUGAUCUUUCCAACACAGAGGAGGCCUUCCUCUGAUACCGCACCGAAUAAUUUCAGAGCCGGAGCCUUUGUUUCCAUUCGGAUGACAUGCCCCAGCCAACGAAGCCGCUGGACCUUUAUUCGCUGCGCUAUAUCUAUGUCGUAAAGCUCACACAGCUCAUUGUGCCAUCCCCUACGAUACUGACCGUCGCCAAAAAUCAGCAAAAGUCCAAAAAUCUUGCGCAUAAUCUUUCUCUCAAACACUCCAAGGCAGGCCUCAUUGGACAUUGCCAUCGUCGUGCCGAUACGUGAGUGGACUAUAGGUUUCUGGACUAUAGGUAUAAUAUUGAUCUUCAACUCCGCUCCACGAAAAAAAAAACGAAUGGCCAAGAAGGAUAAAAUCUGUUUUACCUUACUGAGUGCGCAAAAGAUGUAUGAUGAGCUGUAUGCUGUAUGCUGUUAUUCUGCUGGAAUCAAUAUCGGUAAUCAUGACUCUGUAGUGCGAGGCGGAAAAAUUGCAAGCUUCAAAAUAGCAAACAAUUAAAAAAAAUUACUUAUAUUUGGACUGCCCGAUAUACUUAGGGACAAAUUUUGGGGCAGUGUUCAGAGUGAGUGAAAUUAUAAUAAAUGAAAUAAAUUAUAAUAAAAGUAAUCACUUUAAUAAAAAAGGGGAAAUUCGGAUGACCCCAGUCACUCAAAAAAAAAUUAAACAACAAUCAAAUAUAGGGUUUUCCAAUAAGAGGUGUUAUUUUGAUAUUCACGAAAAUCUGCCUGAACGAACGAAGUCUAACGACUGCGCGUUUGAAAGUGACAUGAAGUGAAUGGACCUUCAUCCCCAAAAAUAGAAAUAAGUUUAGCGAUGCUCUCCUUUCUUGAUAAUCGAUAUCAAAAAUCCUAAUACAAAUAUCAUUGCACCAGUUAACUGCAAUAUUUACAAAUAUAAAUCGCGAUGAAAUGACAAAACGGUCUGGAUGGAACAAAAUAAAGGGUUUUCCAAUAACAGGUGUUAUUUAAAUAUAUAAAAGGCUAUCGAGAGAUGAUUAACGAUUUUUUAUGACCGGAAUUGGAUGGUAUUGAUCUGGACAACGUUUAUUUUCAACAAUACGCCACUUCGUGCCACACAAGCCACGAAACCAUUGAUAUUUUACAGGAAAAGUUUCCGAACCGUGUUAUCUCUCGAAGAGGUGAUCACAAUUGGCCACCGAGAUCUUGUGAUUUAACACCUUGUGACUUUUUUUUUGGGGCCACGUGAACAAGAUGGCCUCCGCCAACAACCCAGGGUCGAUUCCAGACCUCAAAGAUGGAAUUCGUGAGGCUAUCGAGGACAUAGGGCAGCCACUUUGCAAUACGGUUAUGGAAAAUUUCAUGAAAAGGAUAUUGUCCUGUAAGCGUGGUCGUGGUGGUCAUUUGCCUGAUGUUAUUUUCCACUAUUAACGGCAUACCUUCCUCUUCAUAAUGAAAUAAACAUCCGAUCAUUUAUAUUAAAAAAUAGCAUUUUUCUUUGAAUAUCAAAAUAACACCUCUUAUU